AUGGGUCACAGUGUUGCUAGGCUUACCUUUUGCAUUCAUUCGUGUGCCUUUUCCGGUGGCCUAACUCUAGAGUCAAGCAAGCCUUCGACCAAUACUAGUAAUCACGUAUAUGAACUUUUAAUUAUAUUUGUGACUUAA